AUGAAGGCUUUGAUACCACUGUAUAAGUUUCAUUCAAUUCGCUCCAAUUCAUCAAACUUCACUCAGGACACAAAUCCUGAAACUAUAAGAUAUCUGGAUUCUGACAAAGCUAUAGCAAAGGCAUCACAGAGGAAUUCACAUGAGAGAAACAGAGGAGGCUUUGUAAUAGCACACAUCUUGAUCAUAGAAGCACCAAAGUCUGUCGCAAAUUCCCGGGAUUAA